UACCUCUACUCUCGAGAAGGUUACAGCAUCUUCAGACAUGGGAGCAACCACACAAGAUGUAGCAGAUCAUGGCCAUUGUUCCUACCCCAGAAAGCUUCUCGCCGCUUCUCUGUGUGCCCUCUUCAUCCUGUCUAUCAUCUACUUUAUCUUCUAUUCCUCUACAUCUUCUCUCAUCUCCUACGCCGAUAUUUUUGCCCAAUUCCAAAUACGUCAAACAACCAGCAAGAACACUCCUGUCCCACCUCCUCAAGCAUGGCUGCAAUGCGACUACGGCGACGGGAAGUGGGUGUGGGACGACAGCGUCACCGGCCCGCGGUACGACAGCGAGCACUGCGACAUGAAGGGCACGGAGAAGUGCGUCAUCAACGGCAAGCCGGACAAGGGAUACCUGAACUGGCGGUGGCAGCCGGCGGGGUGCAACCUCCCGGCGCUUGACCCAGCGGAGUUCCUCCGGCUGGUGCGGGGCAAGCGCCUGGCCUUCGUCGGCGACUCCACGGUGCGGAACCAGGCCGAGUCCCUCGUCUGCUUCCUUUCCACGGUGGCGCGGCCGGAGACGGUGCACCGGUACGAGGAGCGCCUCGGGCGCAAGUUCUGGCGGUGGGUCUUCCCGGCGCCGCACAGCGUCAACAUCUCAACGUACUGGUCGCCGUUCCUCGUGCGCUCGGAGGGCCAUUCGGAGGACUACUCCAUGAAGCAGGAAACGGUGAUCCUGGACGCGCUCACCGACCCUUGGACGGCGGACAUCGACGCCAUGGACAUCAUGGUGAUCUCGGCGGGGCACUGGUUCCCGCACCCGGCCAUGUACUACGAGGACGGCGAGGUCGUCAACAAGACCAACAUCAGCUACCUCGGCGUGUUCCGCAAGGUGAUGCGGAGGACGCUCGAGUACGUCAACGCCAAGUCCACCGGCGACAAGCUCGUGGUGGUGGCCACCAUGGCGCCAUCGCACUUCGACCCCAAGUACAGCUGGAACCACCGCGACGCGUGCUCGCGCACGAAGCCGUACGAGGACGCGGAGGCGGAGGUGGAGACCGCGGACGCCGAGCUGAGGAAGGCCGUUCUCAUGGAGGUGGCGACGGCGGCAGCGAGGAGACGGCGAUGGGGGUUGCGGUUCGAGGUGCUCGACGUGACGAGGAUGGGGACCAUGCGGCCCGACGGGCACCCGGGCCCCUACCUCUUCCCGCACUCGUACGACGGGCGCCCAGUGCCGGAGACCGUGGCCAACGACUGCCUGCACUGGUGCGCGCCGGGGCCAGUCGACACGUUCAACGACCUGCUGAUGCAGAUGAUAGUUGCCGGCGGCUGAAUGGAUAUCGGCCGCCGCGGCGUUCGUGCUUGGAGAUACAUGGCAACCGUGCGGCAGCCGCAUUUGCGUGCGUGCGUGCGUGAUCGAAGUGCAUAUACUUUAUGUGUCGAAGUCUCGAACUAUUAAGCUCAGUUUGGAACGUUAGAGUAUUUCUGUAUUCACGUGAUAAAGAAAAUACGUACUUCACAAACAACCCAUCUGGGUAAAUUAUAACUCAUGUAUUU